UGCAAGCGGGGACCAAGCGCGCUCCUGGGCUGGGCGUUCUCGCGGGCGGACAGCCGGUUGGGCGGCUCGUCACCGGGUGGGUUUUAAAAACCUCUUUAACUCUGCUGUAUGGGAACAGCUGAGCUGAUAAACUCAUGGAGAAACCAGUUAGUUUGAUGAGGAAGGGCUUUAAUGAACUGCAGGAGAUGGGCAGCCGCAAGCAACAGAAUUCAGUGUGGAAUCCUCUGGCCAGCAGCAAAAUGAGCAAAGCGUCUAAAGCAAUCAGACAGUACUACGAGAGGCAGGAUCAAACACCAAAUCCCUUGGUGUCAGGCUACGUGCCCGAGGUGGAAGAAUUACAGAAAUGCUUCCUGAUGCGUCCUGGAUGCCCGAAGUACAGCCACAGAGCAACUUCAGCAUCUCAUCUUGAAACUAACUUUGCAAGAGUUGCUGAGCUGCCCAGUAACCUUAGCACCAUAAGUCUGUCCUCCCAGCUAUCUUUGGAUGAUUGGAACGCAAUCUUUCAGAAUCCAGAACUCUUGGAUUCAAAGAGUUACAUCAAGGAUUAUCCAUCUGCAUCCACUCAAAGCCUGUCUGGAUUACCUAAAUGGAAAAGUUACACUGAAGGCUUCAUGUCCCCCACCAAAAUGAAAAGCCACCUGGAAAGUAAAAUUCCAUGGUACAUUGCUGUGCUUCAUGAGAAGGACAUAUCUGUGCGUAAGCUGGGGGAAGAACUUGCCCGCCUUGCCACCUAUGAAGCGGAGUGCGCCCGGAAGGAUGAUGUGAUCUCAGUCCUCCGAGAGGAGGUGGAGGCAAUGCAGCAGCAACUGGAUCAGCUCCAGCGUGGGGUAGUCAUCAUUCCAAAGGAGGCUCCAGGGGAGAAGGUGGAUCAAAUUCUGCAUCAUCUGGUGGAAGAGAACAAUGUGAUGCUGCGCAAGCGAGUCACCUCACUGCCAGCCCAUUUGGAAGCAAGGAGCAUCCCAGAAGAAUUCCGGCAGGAAAUGGAGCAUUUGAAAUCAGAGCUAACCCAGUCAGAUAAAAUCCUGGACUCCAAGAUGGUGCAACUGAAUGAAACACUGUUGAAAGAUCAGGAGGAAUUGGAGCAGCUGGAAAAGGAGUAUAUGGAAAUACAGCAGAGUGGAAGACUGGAGGCAGAGGAAGAGAUAGUCCUCAGAAGUGAUUCAAAAGAGGUUUAUGAAGGAGAGUUAGAGCCUGUAGGAGUAGAAGCAUUGGAGGAGGAAUCGAUCGUGCGCAAGUUUCUUGCGUUCCAGAGGAUGACCGAUGAGCUGUAUGAUGAAAUGGAGAAAGUAAAAAAUGAUUAUAAUGUUGCCACAGGUGCUAUUUCUUCCCUGCAAAGACAGCUGUCUUUUGAGGCAUCCCAGCUCCGGAGAGCUCAUGCAGAGCGGGACUUAUUGCAGAAGGAACUGAGAGAGCGGGGAGACCAACUGGAAGCUAUGUCGAAUAAGUUUUGCAAUCUGAGAGAGGAGAGGAAGCAGGAAGAAAUGAUGGGCGCCAUUGAGAGAGAGAAUUACAAGCUCCGACAGGACAUCUCUGACCUGGAAUUCAAACUAGCAGACAAGAGCCGGCUCAUCGAUGACUUGCAGAGCAAUGUCAACCGGCUCCAGGCUGAGCUGGUGGUGAAUCAGAACCACACUGGGAAGCAGCUGGGCCGGCAGAACGAGUUGCAGAGGCAAUUGGAGAUCUUGCAACGGGCAGAGCAACAAACCAGAGUCACGCUAGAAAGCAUCAGUGCCCGGUUUGAAAGAUUUCGAAGCAAAGUUAUCCAGGCUACCUACAGCACACCCGGCACUAAAUCGCCCCAAGCAGAAAUAACUGACGAUGAAGUUUUAGAGGCCUUGCAGAAAAUAAUAACUGACCGUCUGGACUUUCACCAAAUGUUGAAACAGAAAGGUGUGAAAGUCCCGUCACUGCUCAACUCCGAACCCACUGCGCCGCCUACUCAUAAGAAAAAGAGUGCAAACAAAUAGUGACUUGGAAUUCCUGAAAUUGUGUCCGGGACUUUUGUCUCUUUUUAAAAUAUCACUCAAGAAGUCACUGAAUGGAAAAAGAAACUGUCUUCACAUUCUCUCCUAGUUAGCAUUCCUGGGCUGCUUUGAUGUUUCUACUCCUGACUCCAAUUAAAGAACUGCACUC